AUGAGCCUUGAAUUUAACGUUAAACAUGCAGGGAAGGUCUAUCCAGUUUCAUUAGCUCAAGAUGCUAAAGGGACCGAUUUACAACUGAAGAUCGAGGAAUUGACUCAAGUACCUCAGUCACGUCAAAAGUACAUGCUGAAAGGUGGGUUAAAUGGUGAAACAUCUUUGGCUGGCUUGAUAAAGGAUGGUCAAGUGGUAAUGCUGUUGGGCACUCCAGACGCAAAGUUGGUUAGCAAACCGCAGAAGGAACAGAAAUUUAUUGAAGACUUAGAUCCUAAUUCGCAGGUGCAACACCUAUCUCAAACACCACCCGGUCUAAAAAAUCUGGGCAAUACUUGUUACAUGAACUCUACAAUUCAAGCUCUCUACCAAAUAGUCCCCCUUCGUGACGAUGUUUUGAAAUUCCAAGUCGCCAGUGGUCAAUCUGCGGAAGAACAGAAACAUCACCAACUUGUGGCUGAGCUCAAACGCUGCUUUCAGGCUCUGAAAGAGAAGAGGGAAGAAUCCAUAACUCCUAUGCUUUUACUAGCAAUGCUAAGAAAAUGUUAUCCCCAGUUUGCUGAGCGUGAUGAUCAAUCAGGCUUUUUCAAGCAGCAAGACGCCGAAGAACUCUUCACACAAAUAUUCAACUCUUUACAAGUAGUCUUUGGAGAAGGAUUUACUCAAAAGUUUCAGAUAAACUUUCAAACAACUAUUAAAGACACCGCGAAUGAACAGGACGUGACUGUUAAAAACGAUGAUCACGACAUGAAACUACAAUGCCAUAUCAAUGGAACUACAAAUUUCAUGAAAGCGGGGUUGGCGGAAUCGCUAAGUGAGAAGAUCGAAAAAAGAUCCUCCAUCACUGGCGUAAACUCAGUUUUUAAUGUAGAGAAAAGGAUCACAAAACUACCUGAAUAUUUAACGGUGCAAUACGUGAGGUUUUUCUGGAAGAAAUCUACCAACAAGAAAUCUAAAAUCUUGCGCAAAGUUGUUUUUCCGUUUCAAUUGGAUGUCAGUGACUUGUUAACGAAUGAAUAUGCCCAAGCAAAGAUUGGAGUAAGAGAAGCUCUUCGUGAAGUAGAAAAAGAAAAGAUUGAGGACGACCGUGAAAGUAAAAGACGCAAAAUAAAUGGAGAUAGUAAUGAGAACGAAACUUCGGAGACUAUGACACCAAGAGAACUUGCUGAAACACAAGAAGCACUUUCGGACAGCAAGAGAGAAAGUUGGGUUCAAGAAUUCCAAAAAAAAUUCCCUGCAAACCUGGCCCCUGGAGAGAACCCCUCAUGUUUAUAUAAUUUGAUAGGUGUGAUCACUCAUCAAGGCGCCAAUUCAGAAAGCGGACACUACCAGUCGUUUAUUCGUGAUGAGGUUGAUGAAAAUAAGUGGUACCGCUUCAACGAUGAUAAGGUGUCAGUGAUUCCUAAGGAGAAAAUUGAAUCCUUAGCGGGUGGCGGGGAAAGCGAUAGUGCUUUGAUUUUGAUUUACAAGGGAUUCGGGUUGUAA